UUUCAGGGAUGGGUGAUUUAGAAGCAAAAUUGUUAUACUGUGAUACGGUUGGUUAUUGUAGCAGUAGUGAUGAAGAUGUUAAAGAUGAUAAGAGGAUUGACAGUACUUUACAACAAACGUACCACCAUCAUGACGAAGCUACAGGAACAAAGCAAUUAGUACCAAGGAAUUAUCGGAAUACAGGACCGAAAGGAGUAUUAGAGGAUUAUAAGAUUUGUAAGGAGCAACUUGAAGAAGAGGAAAUGAAGAGAUAUGAACAGAUUAUUGCUCAAGCCAAAAUGUGUACUUUGUCAGGAGAGUCAGAAAAUGAUAACUUGGAAGAAAUUCGAAGGAAAAGAUUAUUAGAAAUGAAGGAUCGUUUAUAUGCUAUAAGGAAGGUAGAUGAAUUAACAGAAAAAGAACAAUUCCUGAAUUACAUCGAAUCAAAUCGUGAUCGGUGGGUUCUCAUUCACAUUUACGACGAAGAUAAUGAGGGCUGCAUAACGUUGAAUAAAAUCUUUAAUACUCUUUCCAUUCGGUAUCCAUAUUUGAGGCUAGCCAAAGUUUUACCACUGACGAUUGGGAUGUCGCCACAGUUCAAGAUGAAAGCUCUUCCGGCAUUGCAAGUUUAUCGGGAUGAGUUAUUGGUGGGUAACUUUAUCCGCAUAACGGAUCAGCUUGGAGAGAAAUUCACGAUGGAUCAAUUAAUUCGUUUUCUAAGCGAGAAUGAAAUCGAGCUAGAGAUAUCCAAAUAUCCGUCAAAUAUAGAAGAAAGCUACGGCGAUGAAGAUACUACCGGUGUUGAUGAUGGUUACUAAAAUAUUGUUAUAUGUUAUAAUUUGGGUUGUGGUUCAAUUCAUUACGCAUUUCAUGUACCUUUUUUGGUUACUCGCCCCUUUAUCUACAUUUUCAAUGCUUUGUUUUAGUGGGAUUUUAAAGUAUAUGCUUGUACGUUUCUGAUAAAUUUACCCAUGUCGAGAAACGGUUUUCACCUGACUAAUAAACUAUACUUCUGGACUGGCUAUAAAGCCAAUGAAAUGAAUUUAGAAUAGGGAGCUUUUUACUGAUUGACUUGGCUGAUAAUUC